AUGGGCCCCUGUACCGCCUCCUCAUGCUGCUGCCAGGCCUGUAAUCUGCCAUGGGCCCCCGUACCGACUCCUCAUGCUGCUGCCAGGCCCGUAAUCUGUCAUGGGCCCCUGUACCGCCUCCUCAUGCUGCUGCCAGGUCCAGAGUGUGUCAUGGGUCCCUGUACGGCCUCCCAUUGCUGCUUUCUCCAUCGCCACACUCUGCCAUGUGCCACUUUCAGGUCUCCUCACACUGCUGGUGGGUUCCAUUUUGUCAUAGGGUGCUGUAUGGCCUCCCAUUGCUGCUGCCUCCACCGCCACACUGUGGCUCCACACUCUGGUUUUUGGCCCCGUGACUGCCCAAAUGAGUGAAGUGUGCGGUGAUUCUAAGAUCGACGGCACUCAUCUGCAUGUCAUACUGACUGACAGUAUUAUUUCUCUUCCCCAGCAGACUCCAAGGGCAUUUAAAUUAAAGGUACAGUGUUCUGCACUAAUAUAA